GAGGCGAGCGCCGCGCCGGCGCCGUGACGCGCGCCAACGCCGCGGCGGGUGCGGCUGGGCUGGCGGGUGCGUGGUGUUUUGCCGCGCCCGCCCCCCCCUCCCCCCUUCCGCCACCCGGGCCCUUCCGCGCUCUAAUUCUCUUCCUGCUUGCACCAAUUGUGGCACGUUGUUACGGGCGCACACUCGGCUUUCCUCGGCGCCCGCUCGACGCAGUGCUGCUGUGGCUGACGGACCUCGCGGGCGGUGAGGUGGACCCCCUGGCCGCCUCCGAGGAGGAGUCUUCCGACAACGCGAGGCAUGGCCGUGCCUAGUUUGGUUGUUUUUUGGGAGUCCCGCGCAUUUUUCGCGGGACAGGCGCGGUUGCUUCAUUGCGUGAUGCCACCAGUUUGGGGAGCGCGUCUCGGUGGCACAGACCGUACCGCUUCUCAGGCAUCACUCUCGGCAGAGGCACUGGCGCUCGCAUGUCGCAUGUCUACAUUGGACUUUGCACGCAGCCGCGUGCGCUAAAGUUGCAUGCAGGCGCAGGUAUGACCGCCUCUCAUUCCGCGCUCUCUCGAGUCACAUGGGGCCCGCGCAUGCGCAUGGUGGUCACGCUCAUGCGCACUCCCCGUGCUCGCCCAUCCCCCUCUCGAUGUAUCUCUCGACCUCUGCGGUCCUCUGCCGCGAGCCAAUGCGGCUGCCACUAGCGGUGAGGCGGCGCGAGAGCAGCUCCCAGGGUGCAAUCGCACCAGAGGACGCUUGCGAGAGCUUGAUGCCGCGCUGGAGUGGGCGCAGGUCACGCCCUCGCUGCCGAUUGUUUUAUUGCACACUCGGGCGCUCCCUCGGGCGGCCCGCGCCUGUCG